AUGAUCAUUACUUCCGAGUGGGCGCCUGGAACUGCACUUCCUUUUGUAAGUUUACCUGUGACAGACCCGGAUGCCGGGGAUACACAUACCUAUAGUAUUGACGGAGGAAUCGACGCUGGUUAUUUUGCCAUCAACCAAUCAACAGGCGCCAUUUCAUUUGCUGCUGUUUUUGACGUGUUACCGGCAGAUAGUCCGAAAACAACUGAACUCAUCGUCAAGGCAACCGACAACGGUGGACUAACGGGAACAGCUACCUUGUCAAUAACAAUAACAAAUGUUAAUAAGUCGCCAUAUUUUACAAACAUUCCAAAGACCAUACAAGUCUCUGAGAGUGUCACUUCCGGUACCCAACUAUACGUCAUAUCUACAAAUGAUCUUGACGGGGAUGUCGUACAGGUUUCCAUGACGACAGACACCAUCAUGACGUCAUCUAUCAUCACCUUCAAUUCUACACUCAAUGUGUUGUCCCUUGCCGAUGGCUCCAGUCUGGACCACGAGACAUGCACUGUUCACAACCUGACCUUCGUGGCAUUUGAUGGAACAGACCAGUCAGGUCAACAUACGCUGAUCGUCCAGGUCACGGAUUUCAACGAACCACCGGUUUUUCCAGUACCCAUAUACCAUGUGACAGUUCCAGAGACACUGGCGGGAGGAGCUGUCUUUCCGGGUUCCUCAUUUACGGUAACGGAGGUGGAUGUUGGCGACACGUACACCUACAGUAUAGCCAGCGGAACUGAGGCGGCCUCUUUCGCGAUCCAGGCAUCAACAGGCAAUGUCUCAUUCGCGGUUGACUAUGACGUCUCACCUUUUGAGAGUCCUAAAACGACAGCACUGGUAAUUAAGGCAACCGAUUCUGGGUAUUUGACUGGUACAACAACAUUAUCCGUUACUAUCACAAAUGUAAACAAAUCUCCUUACUUUUCAAACCUCCCUCAGACAGUGACGAUAGCAGAAGAUACCAAUCCUGGCAGUACAGUCUACAUUACUUCCGCUGUUGACCCAGACCAGGAAACAAUUCUAGUGUCUAUGACAACCGACAAUCUCCUGACGUCAUCAAAAGUUUUAUUCAAUGCCAGUAGUGGAAUAUUGACAGUGUUGUCUUCCUUUGAUUACGAGACUUGUACAGUUCAUGUUGUGACGUUCACGGCCUUUGACGGAAUGAUUUAUUCGGAAGCUACUAACCUGACCAUACUAAUCACCAAUGCCAAUGAAAGUCCCGAGGUCGCGCAGACCACCUACUACUUUUCUGCCUCUGAAGGGAAGAUCAAUGACGCGCUGGCACUUCCGGUUCCGAUGUACCCUGCCAUUGAUCCGGAUGGUGACUUCCCUUUGUCAUACAGCCUCGUUCCAAACAGCCAUAGCUCAUAUUUUGUCAUCAAUGCAACAUCUGGUGUAUUAUAUUACACAGUAGACUUCAUUUGCUCGCUUUUGUCCCCGGAUUUAGCCGAGCUCGUCACAAGAAUAUCGGAUCCGAAUGGGAGAUACACAGACACCAAUAUCAAAAUAUCUAUCUCCCAUACCAACACCAAACCACAAGCCAUGAAUCUACCGGCCAAUAUAACUUUCCCAGAAUCCUAUGCGACGGGCGGCUUCCUGUAUGCGGUGAAUCUGUAUGACCCGGAUGGAGAAUCCAUGACCUGCAGAUUUCUCUAUUCUCCGUCCUCAGCUUAUGCAACGUUUGCAAUUUCUCAGUCUGGUUCAACUCUUAACGUUUCGUUGUCCGGGACAUUUGAUACCGAGGUUACCUCCCUUUAUACGAUUAAUAUUAUCAUUUCCGACGGAAUUGAAGACUCCGAUUCUUAUGAAUUACAUAUUAUUAUCUCAGAUGUAAAUGAACCGCCGUCAUUUUCACAGAGUUUCUACGACGUCACAACGCAGGAAGAUAAGAAUGGAACAUUGAUCUCCAAUGCUAUCACUUUUGAUGAUGAAGAUGUUGGAGAUAUCCUUUCAGUUUCGAUAAAAGAUGGCAACAGUCAACAGAGAUUCUAUCUUGACGUUUCAGCAAAACUUUUCUUUUAUGCUGAUUAUGAUGUGGAUGAUACGUUCUUUCCUAAUGUUGUAAAUUUGACCCUAGAGGUCAAAGAUUCAGGAUUGCUCUCCGCUACAACAGUAGUGAGAGUAACGAUUGCAGAUGUCAAUGACAAUGUGCCAGAAUUUGAAACUGCACAAUAUGUUCAUUCUACGUCAAACUCGGCUGUAGGGUCAACGGUAUUAACAGUGACCGCCUCAGAUCUGGACAGUGGUCUAAACGGCGCAUGCGUAUACCUGCUUGACACUUCUAAUUCAAAUCCAUACAAGGAUACUUUUGCCGUGUCGGAAUCUGGAUCUAUUUUGCUCAUGCAGUCUAUAAACGAUUAUGCUUCUGAUCAUGUUUUUAUCUUUGACGUCAUUGUGUCUGACAAAGGUACACCGUCCCUUUCAUCAACAUCUGAAGUCAGACUUAUAAUUACACAAGACGUUGUUAUUGAACAGGCUGCAACAAGUGCGCAAGUCACAGAACAAGAAGAAGUAGAUGUUGCCAGCCUGAUGACUAGACCAGAAAUAUUGGGUAUGAUCGCGGCGGUCGUCGCUGGCAUUGUUUUAACAGCCAUAGGUAAUAUUGUCUGCUGGUUACGUAUGGCAAAAGCUACUGGAAAGGAAACACCUAACCCCGAAUUAACCAAAGUUGGGAAAAAUGACGUAGAUGAAAUCAAAAAUCCGUUGAACAGCAAAACCAAGAAGACUCGUGUACCUAAUCCACCCCUCAAGAAGCCAAAAAUGCCACGUUCGCUUUCUACCGAUACCCAAGUGGAGGACUACAGCUGCUGGGAUGAAAUCAGUGGAAAAUCAAAACUCUCUCAAACAUCCUCCGACCCCGGAAUUUCAACAUCACGGAUUGAGGUGUUGACGCCAUUUGAUACACCGAGUCAUCCGAGAUUGUCACGAACGACAAGCAUCACGCAAUAUGUGAGUCACAUGACUGGCAAAAAAACUGGUGGAUUUUUAUAGAUUUCCCUGACUGUUGUGAUAAUGACCGACGUGAAAAAUCCUAAUCAGAAAGCUAAAAAAAUCGUAUUCAUGGCAUUACCAUCAGGAAGUACUUGCUACUCGAUAUUUGAUGAUUUUCAAAUCACAAAUACGAAACAAAGACAGUCAUAUAAUAGAUCUGUUGAUCACUUUGAUCAGCCAAAUAUCAUAAGUUACUAUGUUCAUGAUAUCUUAAAUGUAUAUAUCCUCUUGAAAGGGGACAUACGCAUAUAUGAAAUAGUAUGGCUUUUAAUGUGACAAUGUGAAGGGAUCAUGUCUAUUUACUUCUUUUGAAACUGUUGAUUUUUAUGACGUGUUCAAAUUAAGCGAUUAUAGACUUAAUUGUUGUUCCGGUAUAUAUCUUACACUUGUACAUGUAUUUACUUUUAUUUUUAUUUAUUUUUGAUGUUUCAACGGCCUUUUAAACAUCGAUGAAGUGCCAAUUCAUGGGGGUGUCGGUUCUGAUGCUAGCCGGCCCAUGUCAGAUCUUUAAAAUGCCUAUAAAACAUCGCAAACCUUUAAAAAUUAGUAUCCACUUUAGAAUAUUUUUAAAUCGUUCCUCUAAUGUAAAUAUGCAGAAGUCAAAUACCGAUUGUAAAAUUGACUAUACACGUUCUUAAACUGUCACGUGUUAAUGGAGCAGUACAUUUUUGAUGUUAUACUUAUAAUCGUAUCAAAUAAGGUUUUAUGUUGAAUAACAUAUAUAUACAUUGUAUGUCUC